CGGGGAACGUGUGGAUGACGCACGAGGAGAUGGAGUCGCUGCCGGCCACGCCCAACGCGGAACCGCGGGAAAUCAGCUGGGAACAGAUCCUGGCGCACGGGGACAUGAACCACGAGUGGGUGGGGAACGAGUGGCUGCCCAGCCUGGGGCUGCCCCAGUACCGCAGCUACUUCAUGGAGUCGCUGGUGGACGCGCGGAUGCUCGACCACCUCAGCAAGAAGGAGCUGCGGGGGCAGCUCAAGAUGGUGGAUUCCUUCCACAGGGUGAGCCUCCACUACGGCAUCAUGUGCCUGAAGCGGCUCAACUACGACCGGAAGGAGCUGGAGCGGCGGCGGGAGGAGAGUCAGGGGGGCACGGCCGACGUGGUGGUGUGGUCCAACGAGCGGGUCAGCGCCUGGGUCAGCAGCGUGGGGCUGCGCGAGUUCGCGCCCAACCUGAGCGAGUCGGGCGUGCACGGGGCGCUGCUCGCGCUCGACGACACCUUCGACUGGAGCGACCUCGCGCUGCUGCUGCAGAUCCCCACCCAGAACACCCAGGCGCGGCAGCUGCUGGAGCAGGAGUUCAGCGCGCUCAUCGCGGCCGGGACCGAGCGGCGCCUCGAUGAGGACGCCCCCAGACCCUUCAGCCGCUCCCCCUCCUGGCGGAAGCUGUUCCGGGAGAAGGAGCUGCGGGGGGGCGGCCCCGACGCCGCCGAGAUGUUGCCCCCCAAUUUUCGGGGGGGGCCCCUGGGGACGCCGCCCCUCCCCCUCCGCAAGGUCCAGCCCGACGGGAACUCGCUGCCCCCCCCGCGGGGGGAUGGGGGGGUCUCGGUCCGGACCUACUCCUGUUAACGGGACCUGAUGGAUGAAGCCUAAAAAUGGGGGAGGGGGAACCCCCAAAUUCCCCCCCCCAAAAAAAAAUUUUUGGGGACCCCCCCCCCAAAAUUUGCUGAGCCCUUGUGGGGGAGGGGCUCUGGCUCUGCUGCU